AUGCAAAUUCCCGAUCAAUAUGCAAGCCCAACGCCUUUCAAGGGCACCGUCGAGGAAUUAGAGAAGCACCUUAAGGCUGAGAAGGGGCAGAGACCUGAGCCAACUGAAGACCAGGAAACGACACCAUCCGCCGAGGCGAACAACGGCGCUGCAUCCCCUUCAGCCUCGCAUUCCGAGGGCGAGUACUCCGGAUCCGACGCCGAGGAGCGUGAGACCGGGAUACCAGACAAACCCGCCGUCGACGGCGCACAACCGCCCCUCCCAAACGAACCGCUCCCAGACGAGGCACCUCCACUCCCGAACGAGCCGCUCCCCUCAGAUCCCGCCGCGCCACCUCUCCCCGCGGAACCCGUACCCGAACCCGAAGACGACGGCUGGGAGUUUCACUGGAACCCCAACGACCAGUCCUACUGGUUCUACAACCGCUUUACCGGCGUCUGGCAGAAGGAAAACCCGCGGGUGCCCACUGCCACCACCAUCCCCACCACCACCACCACCAUCGUCCCUUCAACUUCAAUCAUCCCCGCCCCAGCCGCGCCCGGCACCGAUCCCCAACAAACCAUCCUCAGCAACCCGACCUCCAUCGCCGGCGGCUACAACCCAGCAAUACACGGCGAUUACGACGAAAACGCCUGGUACGCGCAACCCUUCCGCCCCACCACCACCACCACCUAUCCAGGAGCAGACCAACUACAAGACCAACACCCAGAAUACAUCACAGCAGCCUACUUCAACCGGCACACGGGCCAAUGGCAGACGCCCGACCAGGCGCCGGAGCGGCACUCGGACGAGGCCAAAGCGCGGCGGCAGAUGCGCGCCUUCUUCGACGUGGACGCGGCCGCCAACAUGCACGACGGGCGCAGCCUGAAGGCGGAGCGGAGUGGCAUCAAGCCGACCAAGGCGGAACUCAAAGCGUUCAAGGAGCGGCGGCGGGCCAAGAAGGAGGAGAAGCGGCGGGCUUGGUUGAGGGAUUGA